ACAUGCAUAUACGGCAUGUAUACAUAUCUUAAAAGUUCGUAUAUAUGUGUGUGUGUUCCUAUAUCCAUGAUAUUCCUAUUGUGCUUUAAGUUAGUAGUACCUAAGCGAUUAACAGAAAGGAUUGGUCAGCUCAUGAACAUAAAUCGUUAAAAAAUGUUCUGUACAAGAUUGAUCAGGCAAUUUAAAUUAUUAAGAAUAAGGCAAUUACAUUCGACUUUUGUAAGAAAUGAAAAUAAAUCUGUUAGUGAGAAAUCUAAAACUACUGAAACGUUGCAAUCUACAGGUCAGAAGGAACAAAUUGAUUUUGUAACAGGACCACCUAUGGUUGCUCUAUCUAAUCUUGAUAAAAGAAUAUUAGUUUGGGUCAAACGGUAUCCUAGUCUGGAUCAAGUUCCAGAUUAUGUCUCUUAUCAAUGUAUCCAUCAUGCACAUACUAAGGCAAGAAUUCGUAUAUGCUUUGUUAUGAUGUUUCUUGCAAUAGUUAUCUGUCUCUCAGCUGUAAUGAUUGGAAAAAGAGAUGUUGCAGCUGGAAAAAACAUAGCAACAGAAAGAAUGAAAUGGUAUACGGAAGUAAAAGAAAAAGGUAGAAGAGAAGCAGCUGAAAAUGCUGAAAAAGCAAAAUAAUGUUUUACCUACCUUUAAUAAUAAAUAUACCUUAGUUAUAUAUGUAUAUAUGAAAAAAAGUAUCUUUUUUGUAGUAUUUAAAUUUAUGUUUGAAAUAUUUUUUUAGACUUGCCCUCUUUCUUUGUUACUAUUUUGCUGUAGUAAUUGUUGUAUGAUUAUUAAUUUAUUGAUCUAUGAAAUACUGCUUUGUAAUAUCA